CCGAAACCCUAGCUUAGCUCCUGCCGCCGGCGACGUCGAUCGCCGUUGAUCAUCUCACGCCAUCUUCUUCUUUCCUCCUGGGUGACAAGAUGUUAGGCGAGACCCAGCUGCCGGUGACGGCGCUCAUCGGUCGGAAGCGGCCCUGGAACGACACCGACGCCGCCAGCUACGAAGAAGCCAGCGAUGGUACCCCCAAGGAGCAAGCCUCUAUGGCUAUGGAGAUCGCAGCUAGCCCAACAACCCGCGACGAGGAGAAGCAGGAAGACGAGGGUAUGGCCGUUCCAGCCUGCAAGACGAUGGGUGAGCAACCCCCUACGGAAAUUGGAAGCUCGAUCGUCUCAAAUGUGGAGGAGGAGGAGGAGGAAGUGAUCGAGAUUCCAAUGUGGGACAGCGAUGAUGACGGUGAGGUUAUGCUCAAGGCAAGGGCGGAGCUCGAGGAGCUCCACAUUGCCUGCGUCGAAAGGAUCACCGAAAUGGAUCCUAAGAAGAAACUCUUGGUCCCUACCCGCUUCUGCAGCUUCAAUAUAGCCGGCUUCGACCUCGAUAAAGAGUCUAAGUUUGGCCUUGGGCCGCCGCUCGAUAGCAAUAUAACUCCUGAGUUGGGGAGGUACUUUGCGUCGUCAGCCGUUAACGUCAUUUCCGUCAAAGUAAUCGAAUCCGACCGGGGUUAUCCAAUCAGUGUAUAUGGCACUGUUCUUGCAAGGGAUAGGAUUGACUACCGAUGUGUCUAUCUGUUUAGACGUGGAAGGGAAGACCCCCAGAUGAUCAGCUCCAAGGAUGAUAUGCUGACAUUGACAGGACCAAGGCGAGCAUUAGUUCCGCCGGCUUAUAUUUACUUUGAGUUCAAUCUGAGGGUGAAGGGUGAUGCCAGCGACGAAGAUUUUAGCAAAGGUGUAAUAGAGCUCCAUGUCUACCGCCCUAAUCCUAAACCAAUCACAGAUGUGCUUAGUAGUUGGCUGAGCAGAGUGGAGUUGGUGCUUGCACCUGUUGAAGGUCCAGUGGCAGCUAGCCUUGAAGUCGAGAUUUUGAAAGGAGCACCACCUUUCAUUGGCAAAAUAUGUGCUGGGACUAGUGAAAAUCCUGAGACUCAGAUGAUUGUGUACGAUAGUAGAGGUAUGAAGAGCGGCUGCUCCUCUGUUGCGUUGAGUCGUAACUUGGUGGCUGUCCCUGACCCGGAUGAUGACGAAGAUGAAAUUGUUGUCCAUGUUCGCUUCCUUGAUGAUGAUGAUGAUGUCGAUGACGAGGAUGCAGGCACCUUGGUCAGCAUAGCUUAUCCUGCCGAAGAGAAAGUCUGCAGUCACGGCGCCUGGGAGCUGCAAGUGAACGUUGCCUGGACUGCCAUCCUGAUCAAGCCGAGGGCAAAAUAUAUCAUGAAAAGAGGGAUGAGUAUGCCCAGAGCUUUUACUUACCCUCGGUAUGAGCCUCACUUCUGAUUGGUCCCUAGUAACUUGUUUAGAAUUUGUGUCCCCGCCCCUUCUACAUAUAAGAAGCAUGCUCGACAUUAGUCACCCGUCAAAGAAAACGAAGACCGAGUCAAGGCAGCCAACCAGGGCCACCUGCCGGCCGCUGUGGCCAGGCGCAAACCACACACGCCUCGCCGCGUCGUCGUAUUCUUCCUCCUAAACCCGCUGUCGCCAAUGCAGCACCAGAGAUGGUUGCCUGCACUUACACACAUGGACUUAAUCAGCCUGUCGCGGAUUGUUCGCUAGCCGUGCGAGCUCUGUUGUUCAGGAAACUUUGUGAUGAGCAUGCUCCAAUGUGCAAUUACAUUGUCGACGGGUACAACUAUAAAAUGAGGCACUACCUUGCCAAUGGUAUAUAUCCUAGUGAGUGGUAUUUGUGAAGACUA